UGCGCUCUUGGCAUCUCCAAGCAGUUGCGCUGUGGACGCACAUCUGGAGAGCGGGUUCCUUAUGAAUUUGAAACAAACUGCCUCCUCUGGCAUCGCGCAGAGCAAAUCACAUAAUGUAACCAGUGUUUUGAUCCGUCUGUUUGCUGGCAUGCUGACAGCAGAAUAUGUCUUAACUCCUCUCAUGUGUCAUCGUCCUAAAACUACGCGGUGAACUUGUAACUCGAGCCUUCGUCGUUGGACUGAACAGCCCGUCUACAGUCAGCAGUUCCAACAGCUGGAUGAGGACUGGAAACAUCUGCAGAGCCUGUGCGUAAAAUGAAGCAGCAGCUGAAUGGCUUUGUGCCGCUUGUCCUGGAUGGAACAUCUCUAGAAUGAAGCAUCACCAGCUGCGCUACGAUGGGACAUGAGAAGAAGACGCCUCUCCACUGAUUUAAAUCAAAUCUGCAACCGUUCAUAUUGAGCAGGAACACCCAAGAGGAUCAGACAGGAAUGAAUCAGAUGAAAAUCUCCUCUGAGGAGCUGCGCUCUCUUCCACCAAGACCUCAGAGUUUACCUGCAGCUUCCCCGAAGAGACGGUUUGUCAGGCUGGGAAGGAAGACUAGUGAUGGCUCUCAGCCGUCAGCUUCAUCCACUGGCAGUUUAUCCACCUGCAGGUCAGCCGAGGGCGUCGCCGUCCGACAGCCCAGCAAGAGCCGCAUCCGUCGCCAUACCAACCGCCUCUCAGGUGUCUUUCUCCACCGGCCCACUUCCAGCUCAGGCUCCAUGGCGUUGACUGCAGGACUCAAGUCAUCACUGUCUGUCCAAGCCAGGAAGGCCAGCGUGAUCCCUGCAGAUGUUCUAAUAGUGGACGACCCAGCGGAGCUUUCCAAUCAGAUAACUGCUCCAGGAAUCCUCAAGAUCUUUGGGAAUGAAAUCUGUGAAGGAGCUCACUAUAAGAGCGUCCUGGCCACCACACACUCUAGUGCAAAAGAGCUCGUCAAGGAGGCCCUUGAACGAUAUGGCCUGGGUAAGGAAGAGGCCGAGUCCUAUGUUCUCUGUGACACCAUUGGCUCCAUUGGAAAUCUGCAGUGGAGAACAGAAGGGUUCAGAGUUGUCGGUGACAACGAGAAGCCCCUCCUCUUGCAGUCACUAUGGAAACCCAGAGAGGGUUUGGCAAGACGGUUUGAAAUCCAGAAGAGAAGCUCCGUGGAGGAGAAGACAUCCAAAGAGAAGGACACCAUCACUGCUGGCAUCAACGCCCAGGCUCGUAAGCUGCAGAAGAGCCGCUCCAGAGUGACCUCCACCCUCAUAGACAGGACUCUGGGUCGCACUCAGAAACUGUGGAGGAGCAAAAGCGAGAUGGACCUCUUAGAUACUGAGAGCAAACAGGACACGGAUCAUGAUGCAUGUGUCAAGGGUCGAUGCGAGAGCCUGAAUCACGCUUCAGAGCAGUGCCUCAAAGCAGAUUUAGAACAGAAUCACAUUCACAGCCUGGCAGCUCCCUCUGAGGGGGACAGUGGGUCACGGGCCAAAACAGAGACCCUCUGUCCGUCGGGGCCGAGGGGCGAGCGGGAAGGAGAGGAGUCAGAGAGGGAGGAGACGGAGAGCAGCGACGAUAACACCACACAGUACUCCAUUCACCCUCCUCAUGACUGUCCCUACCUGCUGCUGCUGCAGGGCUGGAGCCUCACACAGGACUUUGUCAUCUACCUACUUGCGGGCCCUAACAUUGCUAUUGGUCAGAAAAGCGAUCAUGAAGAUGCAUCAAAGGCUGACAUCCUUCUGUUUGCUGCUGAUAUCCUGCCGAGACACUGCUGCUUCCAUCGCUGCAGUGCCGGUGGCCCCACCAUGCUCUGCCCGUGUCAGGACGCUGUGGUCACGAGGAAUGGCGAAGUGCUGAGAAAUGACACACAACUUAGCCCUGGUGAUGUUAUUGGGUUGGGGCAACACUACCUGUUUCUUUUCAAAGAUCCCUUAGCUGUAACGCAAAAGGACACGAAUAGUGCUGCUCCUGAUCCCAGCUUCCCUGCUGCUCCGUGGACACUCGGCCACACCUCCUCUCCAGCUGUAACAAGCCACACAAGACAGAUGAUCCUCUGCAACACCUGCAUCUCAACCUGCACUAACUUCCAGAAUACAAACUGCAAACAGCCCCUCAGCAGAGGCCCCCCAUUCCUAAGUUCCCCUAAAGGCCACAGUCUGACUCUGAACUAUGAGGCUGAGGAUCAGGAUCGUAUUGUCAAGGAGAUUGUUGCUAUGGGAAGCAACAGCAGCAUCAACCACAGUCCACCGCUGACUGUUUCUUUUUUGUUGUGCAUGUGUGUUCAGUAUUCGUCGGCGUGUCUUCAAACCGCAGACCUCCGCAGGCUUCUGCUGCUCAUUGCAAGUGGAGUUCAGAGUGCCAUAUGGGAGCAAACCAAGGGCCUAGCUGCAGUUCAGCCUGAAGCUGAAGGCCCAAACCCAGAACACCUACAGGGUCCGACUCUGCAUGAGGUGAUCUCAGGACUGUGCCCCCUGGUGGCCUGGAUGUCCAACAGUCUGGAACUGCUGCAGUUCAUUCAGUACCAGCUGCCUCUUAUUCUGGAGUGGAGAACCCGAAAGGAGCAGGGAAAGGAGGAAGAGGAAGAGGAGGAGAGGGAGGAUGAUGAGAGCAAGGAAGCAGAGAACUUGGCCCUGUUGGAGCUUCGUCUGUCCUGUGUCCGUUCAGCCAGCGAGGAGACCAUGGCUGUCCUAGAGGAGGUCAUCAUGUUGGCGUUCCAGCAGUGUGUGUACUACAUUACCAAGGUCCUUUACCCAAUCCUGCCGGGACUUCUGGACUGCAAUCCAUUCAGGGAGAGUCAUGAGGAGGGUGGAGAGAGUGCUCAGGUCCUGGUUACCGGAGGUCUGCAGGUCCCAGGGGAGAUCCAACAGGUGGUGGAGGUCCUGACUGAGAGCUGGACACUACUGUCAGACUGUCAGGUCCACCACGAGAUCUCCUGUCAGCUCGUCGGCUACCUCUUCUACUUCAUCAACGCAUCACUCUUCAACUCGCUAAUGGAGAGAGGCUCAGAGCCAGGCUUCUACCAGUGGUCCAGAGGCGUGCGAAUGCGGGCCAAUCUGGACUCGCUCCUGGACUGGGCCCAUGCAGCUGGACUGGGAGAAGUGGCCUCCGAGCACACACACACCCUCUCUUCUGCUAUCAAUCUGCUGGCUACACCUCGAAAGAAUUUACUGCAGACGUCCUGGGUGUCUUUGCGCUCCGACCAUCCGGCCCUGAGUCCCGCUCAGCUGAACCACCUGCUGAGUCUGUACAGUCCAGCGUCUCCCUGCAGACACAUGUGGACUCCAUCAGCACAGGACCAAACUGCAGCACACCAAACUGCUGACAUCCCGGAGAGCUUUGACACCCACCAUCCACUGGUGCUGCCUGAUGACGGUUACUGUCUCCAGCUAAGGAGGGCAGUGACAGAUUCCAGCCUGAGGAAACAGCUGGACAAGCUCAAACUGUUUAUUUCCACUCUUUCUGACUCCCAGUUAAAUGUCAGCAUUGCUGGGGAACAACAGGGUGGUGACAUUCAGAUGGAGGAUAAACUGACUCAGAUGAUCCUUCCGAGUGCCGGUCAGGAAACUUCGGCUUCACCUCCAGCUGAGGUGAUCUUAUCUCAGGCUACCGUCCAACACUGCCUGUCCUCCUCUACUACCUCUGUUGCUCUGCCUCCAUCACCGCCGUCACCCCCUUCUCCUCUCUUCACGCACUACCUGGAUGACUUCAGCUCCUGUGGCGCUGACAUUUUGUCCCAAAAGCUAAGAAAUCUAGAGCUGCAGAUCAGAGAGACUGAGAGCAGUGAGGUGAAGAGGUCGACCCUGGACCCCUCCUGCCUCCUCACCCCACCUAACACCCCACAGUUCAUAGAUCAUGUAGAUCUGAUGAAGGUAGACCAGGAGAAAUGGAUGAAGGCUGACAGUGAGAUGCUUCCUUCUUGGUCCUCUGGAGUUGAUGCGCAUAAUGAAGGUGGAUUUGUGUUUGAAUGUCUGUCUGCGCUGAAAGUAGACCGUCUGAAAUCAGAUUGCAACAGUAUGAAAAGACUUGUUGAGCUAAAAGAAGAAGAGGAAGAGGAGCAGGAGGAGGAAGAGGAGCCAGAUGACCAUUACGAUGCCAAUAAUGAAGAGGUUUUUAGCUUGGAGCUGGAGCGAGGUGAAAGAGGACUUGGUCUUGCUCUGGUUGACACAAGGGACACUUCAUUAAAGGUGAAGGGCAUCUUCAUCCGUGCAGUCGUCCCAGACUCUCCUGCAGCCCGCUGUGAGAAGCUCGUACCAGGAGACAGGAUCCUGGCUGUUAAUGGAGUCAGUCUGCUGGGGCUGGACUACCAGAGUGGGAAGGAGUUGAUCCAGUCAUCAGGUGUCGUACUGAGGCUACUGGUGGCCAGAUCAGCCUGGAUGGCUGAGGCUAUACGGACUGAAUGCUGACCCUGCAUUUGUUAAGAGACUGUUGAUGCACCGUCGGCACUUAAAGUUGACUGCGAGAGCUUGCUGAACAUUCAAGUUCAGGAUAUGAAGAACAAAAAUGCACUAUGGAAGGAGCUACGUCUUGGUUGAACUGGCUACCAGGUUUUGUAUGGUCAACUUCGUUUUGCAGCUUCUUAAUUUACAUGGUAAAUGCAUGAUAGUAAUUAUUGAUGUAUAUGUGUGAGACUGUUUUCCAGUGAAUGAGGUGUUUGGAAGUUUGACUCAGAUAUUUUAAAUUUGCUUGGUGUGGUUGGGUCAGGGUUGGAUUCGAUCUUCAGUGCCAUUUGUUUUCUUUAGACUUCUCCAGAGAGUCCAGCCUAUAGACUGUAUAGAAAAAAUAGACAAAGUGACCCUGACAUCUCCUACUAGUUUGUGGACUGUUAUACUGAAGCCUUAAGAGUGGAAUUUGGUCGUCGUCAUGUAGUUAUAUUAAAAUUAUACAUAACAAGUGAGCAGUGGAUCUGACAGGAGAACCCAAAAAAUGCUAUGCAUGGUGAUGUGAUAUGGUCACAAAGUAGCCUCACCUUAAAAAACUCCUGCUUUGUCAUCUAUUUUACCCUAAAUGGGACUGUAUUUUUCUUUAAAAAACAUCAUUCAAUAUUCAAGGAGACUUGGCACUAGCUGUCGAGUCCAUAAACAUAUUAAAACAAAUUUUAUUGAGGUAACAAAUCAAGUGAGACGCAGGACCAUUUUCUCACAGACUUCGAUAUAAUCAGAUUUUACACUCCCCAUCCAAAAAAAGUCACACACUCUAAUAUUUCAUUGGACCAUUUCAUUAGCUUUGAGUGUGGCACACGUUUGCUGUGGCAUCAUUUUGAUAAGCUUCUGCAAUGUCACAACAUUUCUGUCCAGAGUUGGAUUCAUUUUCUGCCAAGAUCUUAUAUUGAUGAUGGGAGAGUCGGAUCACUGCACAAAGUCUUCUCUAGAACAUCCCAAAGAUUCUCAAUGUUGCUGAAGUCUGGACUCUGUGGAGGACAAUCCAUGUGUGAAAAUGACGUCUCAUGAUCCCUGAUCCACUCAUUCACAAUGUGAGCCCCAUGAAUCCUGGUAUCAUCAUCUUGGAUCAUGUCCGUGCCAUCAGGGAAGAAAAACUCCGCUGAUGGAAAGACCUGGUCAUUCAGUAUAUAUAUAGUAUAUAUAUGAUCUUUUAAAUACAGUCAGUGGACCAGCCCUUAUUUAAGCAGCAUUUUUAUAUUUUAUAUUCUAACCCAGUCAUGAAAGAUCUCAACACUCCAAAUGCAACAACCCUAAACCCUAAAAGGAUCACAGGAGUGAGAGACCAAAUGCAGUUACAUACGCAGGACAAUUUGCAACAUUUUCAGGCUGUUACUAGGAUGUGGCUACUACCAGCAGAAUGUGGCAGUUGCUUGCCCAACAAAGGUCAGCUUCCAUUUCUAUUAGCACAACUGAACGAGUGCACCAGAGGAGACAGGAGGCUCCCCACAGGUCGCUUCAGUAAGAAAAAAUAAGAGAAGCCGUCAUGAAAGUCUCCUCAUUUUGUAAAGUUGGUCUGGAGUUACAAAUAAUACCAUUUGUCAUUUCUUUAAACUAAAGUCUAAUGUCAUAAUUCUUGAUUUUUUGUAUUAUUAUUCUUCAGCUAGAUAAAAUAAUUGCUUAUGUGAUGGUUGUUACAUGUUAAGCCAUAAAAAUAUAACGCCA